GGUGACCAGCGGCCAUAAUUCAAAGAUAGAUGGCGCUGGACGCGGACUCACGGGAAUCUCUACGGGAAUGGCUCGUGCGCACCCUCGAACCUCUAUGCGAUGCGGAACCAUCGGUUCUUUCGAAGUAUGUCCUGGCGCUCGUGCAAGCGAAUCCAGAAAAGGACGGGUUGGAAGAGUUAUGCCGCAACAAACUCCGCGAGUUCCUCGGAGACGAGACGAAUGGGUUCGUCGAUCGCUUGUUUGCAACGUUGCGAAGCAAGUCGUAUUUGCAGAAUUCGCCGCGACACGAUGCUGCGACGACUGCUUCCACCCCUCUUCCACAGACAUCCUCGGGAAGCAGUGGUCCUCAGCCAAACGACGACCAGAGCCUUCGUCGAGGCCGCGACGAAAUUGAUGCAGAUAUCGACGGGGGUAGAAACAAACGGCCCCGGCGUUCGCGAUCUCGGUCACGAUCACCUCCUCUGCGGGACUCGCACCGGUAUCAAGACCGAAGGCAACCAUACAACCGCGACCCACGGGGUCGCGAGCAAGGACGCAACGGAGUUGGUCGCGGAAACCGAGGAGGUCCAAUGCGAUAUGAUCAAUCAUGGGGAAUGCCACCUCCGCACAGUGGAGGUUGGGGGCCAAUGUACCCGCGACCGAUGUACCCGCCCAUGCUGAACCCCGACAUGCCGUUCGAUCCGAAUGCGUACGACCCCGACAGUCCUUCGAUGCACCCCCCGCAUCCUCACUUUUUUCCUCCACAACACCACCACCACCAUCACGGCGGCGGGAACAAUCGGGGCCGGAAUCAAUCGACCGACAAAACCACUACUGAUAAAGACGGCGGGGAUCCAACAGCGGCUAGCACAACGCUCCGCGUCGAGAACGUAGACGCCAAAUUCAUCAACAUGGUCAAACUCAGCGGUCACUUUAGCCGGUUCGGUGAGGUCGUGAAUGUUCAAAUGCGCCCCGAAUUCAAGGCCGCUUUCGUCCAGUUUGCGACGGCUGAGGCCGCGCGCAAGGCAUUCCAUUCGCCGAUGCCCGUGUGCAACAACCGAUUCAUCGCGGUCAAGUUCGCCAAACGGUCCCCGAAAGACUUGGGUCAGAUCGACAUACAGGCAGACCAAACGCCCGAAGCCCUCCGCGCUGCGGCACUUGAGACGGGCAAGAAAAUUCUCGAGGAGAAGCGGCAGCUCGUCGAACAAGAAAAGGCUUUGCUCAAACAAAGGCAAACGUUGCUCCAGAAUCAACUCACGCAGCACGAACUGCUCCGAGACAAGAUGAAGUCCAAGGGAAUGCUGUCCGACACAGAGCAAGCCAAAAUGGACAGCAAGAUUGAUGACCUCAAAGCACAAUUGGACGCCUUGGUCAAGCCUCCGCCGCCUCCGGCGCACGCGCCGCUGGCGACUCUCCAAGCAGAGCUCAGUCAGCUGGAAGCGAAGGCCAAAGCCUUUCGACGAGGCGGUGGAUCGAUUGACAAUCGAACCAAGGUGGUCCAAGUGACAAACGUGCCCGAAGCAUUGCGAGACGUGGCUGCGCUGACACAGCACUUCGCUACCUACGGCGCCAUCUCCAAGGUGCGCCUCGUGGACAACGACGCGUACGUUCAGUUUGCGGACCGAUAUGCUGGUGAAAAGGCGCUCAAGUUUGGCCCGUCGCACCAACCUGGCGACGACACUGCUAUGCGUUUGUCGUGGUGUGAAGAUCAGUCGAAGAUCGCAGGCGAGUAGUGCAGCGCCGACGUCCCCCAACUUAGCGAAUCCGACAAUGUCACCACCCAUCGAAUCUUAAGUCGAAUACUAUUCACCAAGACCAUAACGUUACAUCGGACAACGGAUGUGGACCAUGUUACCAG